GUUGACAGUCAAUACUUGCUCAUCAGCCAAUCUGUUUAGUUCGCGCCAGUUCGUGAAACAUGGAAGCGUUAAAAGCACGUGCCGAUUUAACAUCACUAAUCGAAAUCGUUUCAAAAGAAAAUGAAAUCAACAAUUAUACAAUUACCAACGUGCAAACAAACCAGAAAGGCGAGGGAUACCUUGGACAAAUUUUCAUUGUCAGUGUCAAGGAUGCGAAGAGCGAAAAACAGCUGGAAAUCGUAGUAAAGGCAGCUUUUACAGACGAAAAAGUGCGGACAAUGGUGCCGAUUAGAAUGUCUUUCCAAAGCGAAAUUUAUUUUUACACUGACGUGUUGUCAAGUUUUCAAAAAUUUGAAAAAGAACGAGGACAAUCCACACACGUUGAGAUGGUGCCCAAGUGUUUAAAAGUUUCUGUGAAGGACGAAGAGGAAGUACUAAUUUUGGAAAACUUGAAGGCUUCUGGGUUUGAGAUUUUUGAUAAAAAGCUCGUUUUGGAUGAAGAUCAUGUUCGACUGAUUUUUAAAACGUAUGGGCGGUUUCAUGGUUAUUCAUUUGUUUUGCGUGAUCAGAAUCCUGAGGAGUUUGAGAAGAUCGCUAAAGGAUGUUCUAAUGUUUAUGGGGAAUUUUUUAAGAACGAAUACUUUGCUAACCAUAUGGCUGAGAUGGCUAAGAUGGCAAAAGCAACAUUGUUACCCGGAGAAGAUGACGAAAUUAUCGAAAAAUAUGAAAAAUACUCCAGUACAAACCUAACGAAUAUUUUAAUGGAUAUUAUAACAAAGGAUAUGGAUUAUUCGGCAAUUCUACAUGGAGAUUGUUGGAGUAACAACAUGAUGUUCAAAUACGAGAAUUCCGCCAAUGAAAAAAAACCUAUAGACAUGCGACUGAUAGAUUUUCAGUUGAUGUUUGUUGGUACUCCUGUCUGCGAUCUGUCGUACUGUUUAUACUCUGGAGCUUCCAAGAAAGUAUUCGACAAUUUGAAUGACUAUCUUGAAGUUUAUUAUGACAGUUUUUCGUCUUUCGUGAAAAGUCUGGGGAGUGAUCCCGAAAAACUUUUCCCGUUUUCAGCGCUGAAAGACCACUGGAAGAAAUACUCAAGAUUUGGUUUGAUCAUGGCUCUAGCAGUUAUAAAAAUGAAGUUGACACAUAGUGAAGAUAUUGUUGAUUUAACCGAUGAUAUUGAAAUGGAUCAGUUUGCUGAGAUUAUGGCGAAACAAAAAUUUGAUGCAGAGAGUUAUAAUAAACGGGUGCGGGGGCUUUUAUGGCAUAUGUCUGAAGUUGGUGCGCUCUGACGGUAUUCUGUUAAUAAAUAGGAUACGCAAUUGGUAGUAUUGGUACAAUAUAAAACUCGUAAAUUAUUCAAGGUUAGUUGUUAAAAUGAUCGUUAAUAGUUGCGACAUUGAACAAAAUGUUUUUCAUCACUGUGAUUUUAUGAUGUGAUAAGCACGAUGUGAAAUAAUUUUUAUUAUUCUAUUUUUGGUUUCAUUAAUAAUUGUUAAAUCUUAUCUUGCCUGUAUUUAAUAAUUUUGAGCGUUCAUGAAUCGUUUUAUACAUAAAAGAGGAAUUCAGAUGAACAUCACAAAUUAUUUAUUAUAAUAUCACUCAUAAAUACUUAGAUUAAAAUAUGUACAUAUCUAUA